AUGAAUGAUUUCAGUUCCAAAUAUUGUGAAGUAUUUGCGGAGGGCCUCGGACGGUUCACCGGUGGCGCGGCGAGUAUUCACAUACGCGAGGGAGCGCGGCCGGUGUUCAUGCGUGCGCGCCCGCUGGCGUACGCGCUGCGCGAGCCGGUGGAGCGCGCGCUUGAGCAGAUGGUGCGCGAUGGCAUCCUCACACCUGUCGAGCGCUCGGACUGGGCCACGCCGAUAGUGCCAGUUAUGAAGAAAGACGGUAAUGUACGGAUUUGCGCUGAUUACAAAUUAACUCUCAAUAAGGUAAUCGAGAUUGACCGUUACCCGCUACCUCGUACGGAAGACUUGCUCGCACGGUUACACGGGGGCGAGUUGUUUACUAAGAUAGACCUUUCACAGGCCUACGCACAGAUUGAAUUAGAUGAUAGUAAGAAAUAUACAGUAAUUAAUACGCACAAGGGACUUUUUAUGUUUAAUCGUUUAGUCUUCGGGUUAUCGUCUAGCCCAGGCAUUUUUCAAAAACGGUUGGAGCAAUUAUUUUCUGAUUUACCAUACGUAGGAGUAUUUUUAGAUGAUAUUAUAAUAACGGGACGGAAUAAUCAAGAACAUGUUGAGAAUUUACAUAAAGUAUUUGAGCGUUUAAAAGUUAGCGGUCUCAAGGUAAAGAAAGAUAAAUGUGAAUUCUUCCAAGAGUCAAUUUGUUACUUGGGGCAUGUUAUUAAUAAACGAGGUAUACAUACUAACCCUGAAAAGGUUAAGGCUAUUGUUAACACUCCCGCACCCACCACUGUAUCUGAGCUUAGGUCUUUCAUAGGUAUGGUCAUGUAUUACGCUAAGUUUAUAAAAAAUGUUAGUACUAUUUUAGCACCGCUAUACAAUUUACUGCGAGCUAAUGUCAAAUUCAUAUGGACUAAGGAAUGUGAAAGGGCCUUUCAUUGUAUAAAGGAAAAACUAAGUUCUAGCGAAGUAUUGGUGCAUUACUCAAGCGACUUGCCGCUAAUACUGACGGCGGACGCGAGCGGUGUAGGGGUAGGGGCCGUCAUCUCACACAGUACUCCCGAGGGCGAACGGCCUAUAGCUUAUGCAUCGCGCUCAUUAACGGCAGCCGAACGGGCGUACUCACAGAUUGAUAGGGAAGCUUUAGGAAUAGUAUAUGGAAUCAGAAAAUUUCAUCAAUAUCUGUAUGGUCGGCGUUUCACAUUAAGAACAGACCAUAAGCCACUUACUUAUAUUUUUGGUAAUAAAACAGGCAUUCCGAUCAUGGCUGCUUCGCGGUUGCAGAGAUGGGCGGUGUUGUUGGCGGGAUAUAAUUAUGAGAUAGAGUACGUGUCGUCACAAAAAAACUGUGCGGAUGCGUUGUCCAGGCUGCCGCAGUGCGGUGUCACGGAUAAAAAGAUCAAAGAAAGUACGUACUUAAAUUUUGUGGAAACAUUCUUGCCCGUGACUAAUGACGAUAUAAGAACGGCUACUAGCAGGGACGCAUUACUUAGUAAAAUAGUUUAUUACGUUCAUUCUGGAUGGCCUUGGACCUGCCCGGAGGGUGAAGAAUACAAGCCAUAUUAUAAUAAGCGUAAUGAAAUAUAUAUAGAUCGAGGAUGUUUAAUGUGGGGCUAUAGGGUUAUAGUACCAGCAGCGUUACGUAGUGUAGUAUUGAAGCAACUUCACGCUAGUCACAUGGGUAUAGUUAAAACUAAGGGUAUAGCGCGGAGUUACGUAUGGUGGCCGAACAUAGAUGUCGAUGUGGAAACGGUGUGCAGGCAAUGCGAAACGUGCGCGGCAGAGGCCCAGGCACCUCCACGCGCUCCUCCAAGUCCUUGGACUUACGAUUUGCGUCCGUGGAGUAGAAUUCAUUUAGAUUUCCUAGGCCCUUUAGGGGGUAAAACAUUUUUAAUAUUAAUCGAUUCCAGUAGUAAAUGGCUGGAAAUAUUUGAAAUGCCUCGAAUGAACGCUACAUCGGUUAUAAAAAUGGUAAGGGCAACGUUUGCACGUUUCGGCUUACCGACCGAGGUCGUGUCGGACCGUGGGCCACCUUUUACGAGUCACGAGUUCAGAGACUUCUUAGUAAGAAAUGGUGUCCGUCAAUCGUUUUCACCGGUUUAUCACCCUUCAUCCAAUGGGGCCGCGGAAAAUGCAGUGAAGCUUUGCAAGCGGGUGAUUAAAAAGGCCAUGCGGGAGGCAGUCGAUGUAGACGCUGCUCUUCAAACCUUUCUGCUGUCAUAUCGAAAUAGCGUGCAUAGUAGUACCGGUGAAAGCCCUUCCAUGUUGCUUCAAAAGCGUAUUCUUCGUUCUCGGUUGGAUCUCCUAAGAGGCGAACGUGCCCGUGAGGACAGCGUGCGGGACGCACAGGCGCGCCAAGUACAAUAUGCGGGGGGUGUGCCACGUAACUUACACGUAGGAGACCAAGUUAUGGCUAGGGGCUAUGGCGGUAAUGAUAAAUGGCUAGACGGUACGAUAAUAAGUAGAGAGGGGUCCCAAAGGUACAUUGUCGAAAGCGGUAACGGUCAGAAGUUCCAUAGACAUAUUGAUCAAAUAAAGCGCAAAUCCCGUUAUUCGGGAAGGUUGAGCUCGGCAGGUGAGGGGGAGGUCGUCGCACAACCAGAUGAUAAAGAUAACCUGGAAUUAAAUAAUGGAAUACCAGAAAAUUGUAUCGGUGGGGAGGAUGAUAACGGUAGGGCUGAUAAGCAGGUAGAUGACCUUGCACUAAAUGAACCUUGUUCAUCUAAUGGUUGUUCACCCCAGUCACCGCUGAACCGUCCUAAGCGCCAAAGAAAACCUGUUAUUAGAUACGGAAUAGAUGUUUAA